GGCUUUUUUUCAAUCUUUUUCUUUUUGGGGGGGGGAUGCUCGCGGUGGAUGGCAGUGCGCGGCACGCCAGUCCCAGCAGCAGCCGAGAGCCGCACCACAGUAGUAGCCAUUGGGCCAGUGUGAGCAGCGACAACGGCAGCCCGAGCAGUAGCAGUCCGAGCAGUGCGAGCAACAAUCCUCCUCCUCCUCCUCGCACAACCACACACUCGUCGGGGUCAACGUCACCCAGCAGCAGCGACCACUUGUUGCGCAUGAUAGAUGCCGAGCUCAGUGCCAGUAGCAGCGGCAGCAGCAGCAGAGCAGCAUCGCGAGCGGACAACAACCCGUCUGCAGCGGACGACGACUACGAUCUGGGGCUGGGAGUUGAGGACGUAACCGAUCUGCCAGCAACAACAACAUCAACACGGCCGAAGCAGCAGCCAGCAACACCAAUAGCAACAACCACACUAUCAGCACACAGGCAGCAGGCACAUUCAGCGAAGGACGCGCGCGGAUUGUCAGACUCGACGAUGCUCGAACAGGUUGACAACGACGACAACGACGACAACGACGACGACCAUAAUACAGCGGUGGCAGGGUCGGUGCGGCCGUGGCAAAAGCGCCUCAAUCCGUUCGCGCGGUUGACUGUGGCGACACAUGGGUACCAGCGACUUGGCACUGCAGACGAGACCAGCGACCGCCGGCAUGACCACGGCAGCAGCAGCAGCAGCAGCGGCGGCUUUGGAGCUGGAAACGCUGGUGGUUCGGCGGCAGACUGGGGCGCUGGGACUGGAAUCCAUUCGUACAGCAGUGGGCACGCGGCAGACGCAAGAGCAUUCGUCAGUGCAAGUCCGUACACGGACGGCAGAACGGGUGGCGCACCACGGACGAACGGCGGCGCCGUUGACAGCAUCCACCUCGAGAUGAUGGGCUCCUCGAAUUCGCUGGCCACCAACCACAAACGCGAGCAGCUUGUUGGACGAGACGCGUCCUUCGAGAGCCACUUUCAAGAGUACCAAGAGCAGCAUGAAGGGUUGCUGCAGCCAAAGGACGCGCUGCACUCGACCAUUCGUGGUGGUGGCGACAACCCGGACAAUCCGGUCCAGCCGCCGCUGUCGCCCCGCCGCCAUGUCAUUCACCUCCCGCACGGGCUCUCGGAUGGCACGAGCGACGAUCCUUUGCAAGAGCACGAUGGCGGUCUGUGGGUCUUCAUCUUCCAGAUUGUCCCCGCGCUUGUGAUUGCCGGGUUUGGUCUUGUCUCGGCCGGAAUUCUCCUCGAUCGUGUGCAGCACUGGGAUGUGUUUCAGCGAUUCUCUGAAAUGUUCAUCCUUGUACCUGCGCUGCUUGGGCUCAAGGGCAAUCUCGAGAUGACGCUUGCUUGCCGCCUUUCGACAGCGGCUGAAGGAGGCAAACUUGACGACCCAUCCACCCGCUGGAGAUUUGCACUUAGCAAUCUCGCUCUCGUUUUGACACAGGCCAUUGUCGUCGGCGCUGUUGCGGCCGGUUAUGCCGUGGUGUUUGGCGUUUUGCUGAAUGGCGACUUGAGCGCCUUCCACACUGUGUUGCUGUUUGUCUGCAGCAUGGUCACCGGCUUCCUGUCCAGCUUGGUUCUGGGCGUCAUCAUGACUGGCAUCAUUGUGAUGAGCCGCCAGUGCAGCAUCAAUCCGACCAAUGUUGCAACGCCCAUUGCUGCCUCUCUUGGCGAUCUUGUGACUCUUGCCAUUCUCGCUCUUGUUGGGCAGUUCAUGGUGACGGUUCUAGAUGAGACAACCUCCCUUGUGGUCGCGUCCUUGCUCAUCGCUUCCUUGGUGCUGAGUCUGCCCCUCUUUAUCGCCAUGGCAAAGCGUGAUCAGUCCAUUGCCACAGUUCUUCGGACAGGCUGGUCUCCGAUUCUUGUUGCCAUGCUGAUUAGCAGUGGUGGCGGUGUUAUUCUUGAGCGACAGAUCGAUGAUUUCCCUGGCCUAGCCGCUCUCGUGCCAAUGCUGUGUGGCAUCGGUGGUAACAUUGUUGCCAUCCAUGCAAGCCGUCUAUCUACCAAUUUGAACUUGGGCCGAACCGCGCACGCAGCGACAGAACGGAAGAUUGUCAUUGUCCUGAUGACGCUCGUGAUUCCUCUGCAACUGGCCUUUUUGUGGGUGAUUCGCAUGUUUGGUGCCGGCCACACGUCAAUCACGCUGUUUUUCAUUACUGGCUACAUUGUCUGCUCACUGGUGCAGCUUGGCAUCAUGAUUUCCUUCUCCCACUGGCUGGUCCACGCCGUUAUACGAUGGGGCAUGGAUCCGGACAAUGUUGUUUUGCCAUACCUCACCUCUGUCGGCGACUUGAUUGGCACUGGCACCCUUGCUGCCUCGUUCUUGAUUCUUCGCUCGCUUGGCGAUGGCGAUGAUGAUGUGGGCGAGUAAUCUGUUUGUUUGGCGCUACCACUUAGCGUUUUGUUUUCUUUUUCGGUAGUUUGUUGUUUGCUUGUUGUUUCAU